AAGGAGAAGAGUAGAUGAAAUCACAAAAGUUUGAUUACAGAUGUCAGGUUUGAUUUGUUUUCUUUGGAUCAAGAUUUGUAUCUGCGUGCUAUUUUGCCUUGAUUUGCAGUUUUUAGGGAUUUUUUCUGAAUGAUCUAAACAUUUAUUUCAAAAAUAUGCUGAAAUGGCGUUGCUAACUUUAAAAUUAAAGUGAAAACUGCAAGUUAGAAUCUUGCGUUUCAGUUCUGAUUUAUUGGAAAAAAAUCCUAAUAGCAAUAUUGUAUUUUUUUGUUGAAUGAAGUUGUUUACUAUGCUGGGUCUCGGAAGUAAAUCGAACUUUACUAUUGAUGAUGCCUUUGAAACUGAAGAUGAUGAUGUUUUGAAAACGUAUGGUACAACUACCGAAAGUACUCCUUUGAAGCCUGUUAGAAGUAACCGCUCUGAUAGCACAAACUUAACUAUCAGAAUAGAUGAUCCUACCUUGGAUAGAGGUCGAUUUGGUAAACUGAAACUAACUGGUGAUAGUUUCUCAAAGGAUAGUGAUUCUUUAAUACACGGUGAUUCCAUUCGACCUGAAAAGUUUGAUGCCAAAUCAAUAUGGUGGAAGCAUCCCAAAGUUAGAGAAAAUUGGAAAGUUAUGUUUGCUGCAUUUGGCCUACUUAUAAUAGGAAUAGGUUUGCUGGUUACUGGUGUUGUUGUGCUAGUUAUGCCAGAAAUGGGUGUCCAGAGUUUUGUGUUUUUUAUUGCUGGGGCUAUUUGUUUUAUUCCUGGAGCUUAUCAUGUGGUAUAUGUCUAUUGUGCAGUGAAAGGUCGUCGUGGUUACAAUUUCUAUAAUCUUCCUUUAUUCAACUGAGACCUUUUUAUUAGCAAGUCUAUAAAUAUGUAUUUGUAUUAUGUGUAAUAUUAUUGUAAAGACAAAUGUCACAUUUGAUGUCAUGUAAAAAGUUAUAUGAAUCAUGUUUGUUUGUUUGUAAAUGUGGUUGUAACAAAAAAUAAUGAUUGUACAGAAGAAGUUAUUUUCUUCAAAUACAUUUUGUUUUUAUUCGUGAUUUUCUAAAAAUUGUAAUUGACAAUUUUAUUUUCUUUAUUAUAAAGUAGUCCAGAUUGUAUAAAAAAGCUAUGCUGGCAUAUGUUUUUAAAGUUGUUUUUACUUUACAUGAUAAACAUUGCUGUGAAAUGUUGAUUUUGUUAGAUACUAAUAAUAUGGUGUUACUUGUUAAAAAAAAUCCUUGAAAAGGUGCAAUAACUUGCCAGUUACUACUUGAAUUUAUGUGUGAUAUUUUAUUAAUGGCAUACUUUUUGAACAAAUAUCUAUUUUUUAUUUUUUUUAAAGUUGUUAAUAUUUAGUCAUGCUUUAUUUUUAAUUGUUAGCUAUGUUCCAUUUUUGUAUUUAAAAGCAUUUAUCUCCAUAAAAGUCAAAUCAUGUUGUUAGUGUGUGUUUUAAUAUUUUUUUCUUGUGUAACAUUCAAUAAAAAUAGAUCUGAUAAUUUAAUCACUCCAUCUACUAAGAAAUGAUGUUUAUUAAUAAUCUAAUUUAUUGUAUGUCAAUUGAUCUAUUUUACUAUUUUUGGUCAACCCAUUUAGAAUUAUUUAGGAAAUAAAAUCUUUACUACAUGAUACAUUUUUUUUUGUUAAAAUUAAAGUGAUUGAUUUUUAAUGGGGUUUUAAGUAUGCUUAAUGUGUUCUUUUUUUAUAUUAUCUCUUAAAAUAUAGGCUGAGUAUUCAUGAUUGUUAAUGCUACAAUAAAAAUAAAAUGUAGAUAGAAUGAUGUUUGGAUUCUUUUUUUUAUAAUUGCAAGUACAAUAAUUUAUCCUAUAAUUAUUUUGGUUGUUUACAUUGAUUAUCAGUUACAAGAAUGAUAGUUAUUUUGCAUAUAUCAAGAAAUAUCAUCUUCAUCAAUUAAUUAUAUUAAAGUUUAUAAUUAAAUGAAAAUUUGAAAUAUUCUUAAUAUUACAAAUAUAUUAUGUAAAUGAAUGAAAAUGUUCAAAAUUACUCAAAUAAUUGGGAAUUUAAAGGAAGGUUUAAAAAAAUAAAAAGAACCAUUAUAGUUAUUGUAACAGUGGAGAAAAACAUGUUUUUAUGUGGUCCAUGAUAUAUUAACCUUUUUUCAAAUAUUUUUCCAGUUUUAAAAUUGAAUUAUUUAUUAACCAACUAAGUAAAUUUUUUAAAUUACAACUUUUAUUCAAUAUUGAAUUUUGCAUUAAAGUUCACUGCAUUUUUCUAAUCUGUCCCUGUGAAAAUAAGAAAAAAUAUAAUUUUAGAACUGUAAAAGAUUAGUAGAAUGAAACAAAUACAACAAAUUUUAAGUAUUACAAUUUCCUAAUAUAGUUGUGUUAACAUUAAUGUAUAUGUUAUUAUAAUUAACCAGAAAACAUUAAUGUUUUACAAUUUUAUAUUAUAGUCUUUAUAUUUAUUUUGGAGGUUAUAGUACAUAUAAAUUUUUAACCAGUGACU